ACGUAUCCUAAAUUCUGCCAUGAUCCAAAUUUAGCCGUGGUUAAACAAUCUCAGUAAUGGCCAGCCUCGCUUAGCACCCGCGAAGUGUGUGUGGGAUCUCUCUCUUCUGUCUGGGCUCAAAAAACAUCUGACUUUCGCCGGGAAGCUGUGGGAGCUGUGUCCGUCCGUCAGUCAAGAUGUCUGCGGGCGACACGGAAGACGAUGUGUCAUUUCUCCGGACGUUGGACACGGUGUGUCUUAUGUCCAACUUCCACAAGAAAGAAGCAGGAGGAGGUCAGAGUCAUGGCGAACGUAUCAUGCUGGCUGCGGAAGGGUUCGGCAACAGGAAAUGUUUCAUCGAGAGUUUGCAGCGCAAGGAGGCAACAAGCUCUGCUGGGUCAGAUCAGUCAGAUUCUCCCGCUCAAGAUGAUGUACCGUCUGUCCCUCCAGACCUGUCUAUCUGCAGGUUCCUGCUGGAGCAGGCUGUUUCUGUACGAGCCUUACAGGAGCUGGUCACGGCAGAGUCUGUAGAAGACAGCCCCGCUGCCUCUCAGAAUCACAGGACACUGCUGUACGGUCAUGCUGUGCUCCUCAGGCACAUGCACAGCAAUAUGUACCUGUCCUGUCUGUCGACCAGCUCUUCUAAGGAUAAGCUAGCCUUUGAUGUGGGAUUACAGGAAGGUUCCCAAGGUGAGGCAUGCUGGUGGAUUAUCAAACCUGCGUCCAAGCAAAGGUCUGAAGGGGAGAAGGUCAGGGUCGGAGAUGACCUCAUUCUCAUGAGUGUGUCCUCAGAGAGAUAUCUCCAUGUUACCUUCAAUGGCGGCUUUGGUGUCCAAGCAGCAUUCCAGCCCACCUUGUGGUCAGUUGUACCCGCCAGUGCUGGGGCUGACCCAGCACAAGGGUUCUUGGAUGGUGGAGAUGUGUUAAGGUUUCUGAGGAUGGAUGAGUGUAUGACAGUGCCUCUAGUGGUGGGGAAAGACGAGGAAGAUGCAAGGCCAGUACAUUACGAGCUUGGGGAGGUUAUAGACCAUGCAAGGUCACUAUGGAGGAUAGAGCUUUUGAGGACCAAAUGGAGCUCCCAACAUAUUGACUGGGGUCAACAAUUCAGGCUACGUCAUGUAACUUCAGGGAAGUACCUGACCAUCAAAGACAACCGCUUAGUUGUUAUAGUACCAAAGGAUCAGUGUGACGCUAAGUCCGGCUCGUUUUGUAUGAAAAGGACAAAGGAUGACAAGAAAACCUGGGACAAGAGGAUUAUGGGAAUGGGCACACCCCAGAUCAAGUAUGGAGAGUCUCUUGUCUUCAUCCAGCAUGUGGACACGGGAUACUGGCUGUCUUAUCAGGCAGCUAGUGGCAAGAGGACUCAGCUUGUAGCCACCAGGCGGGCCAUCGUGUCUGUGGAGGGCCACAUGGACGACAGCAUGUCCCUGCAGAGGGCCCUGCCUGAGGAGGCACAGGCCGCCAGGAUCGUCAGGAAGUCCACCAGCAUCUUUGACAAGUUUACCAUGUGGUUUGUUCACCUUGAGAAAGCAAUGGGACCAAGGUGUUCAAUACAAAGUGUGCAGAGUGACCUGGCCUACCUGUCCGUCCUGUCCAAGGGGCAGAAGAUGAAGCUGGAAGUGGACGCCAUCAUGGCUGUCAUUGCAGAUCUCAUCAAGUACUUCGCUCAGCCAGCGGAAAAUGAAACUCAUGAAGAGAAGCAGUUGAAGCUGAAAACUGUGAGAAACCGUCAGGAUCUGUUUCAGGAGGAGGGUAUGAUAGAGAUGGUGUGUAAUGUCAUCGACAAGCUGUCAGAGUUCAAGAGCGCUCGUUUGUUUGCCCAAGUGGCUGGGGAGCAGGCUGGACUGGCUUAUGAGGGAAUUGUGGACUCUUUGUACCAAUUACUGGCCUGCAUGAUCCGAGGGAACAGGAGCAACUGUACCAAGUUUGCCAAGUCCCUGGGCUGGCUGGUGAGCAAGCUGGAGAGUCAGUCGGCCUCCACCGGUAUCCUGGACGUGCUGCACUGUGUGCUCAUUGAGAGUCCUGAUGCUCUGAACAUGGUCAAGGAACAGCACAUCAAAGUCAUCAUCUCUCUCAUUGAGAAGCACGGCAGAAACCACAAGGUUCUGGAUGUCCUGUGUUCCCUGUGUGUGUGCAAUGGUGUGGCUGUUAGAUCCAACCAGAACCUCAUCGUGGACAACCUGCUGCCCAGCAGGGACAUCCUGCUGCAGACCAAACUGCUAGAUCACGUCACCAGCAUACGGCCCAACCUGUAUGUUGGGCUGGCGGAUGGUGGAGUGCAUUACACCAAGUGGUACUAUGAGCUUGUUGUGGAGGAGGUACAACAGAACACCUCCAUCCCCGCCCACCUGCGUGUCGGCUGGGCCAACUCCAGUGGUUUCUCCCCCUACCCUGGUGGUGGCGAGGGUUGGGGGAGUAACGGGGUGGGAGACGACUUCCAUUCCUACGGGUUUGAUGGGAUGCAUCUGUGGACAGCUGGACGUGCCAGGAGAGUACAGUCGUACGACCCCCACAUGUUGACAAAGGGAGACAUUGUGAGCUGCUGCCUGGACCUCACAGUGCCCUGUAUCUCCUUCCGUAUGAACGGAAACCCUGUGCAGGGGAUGUUUGAGCACUUCAACUCCUCUCCUGGUCUCUUCUUCCCAGUCAUCAGCUGCUCUACAAAAGUAGUUGUCCGUUUCCUGUUUGGCUCGCCACACGGUGACUUACAGUACCUUCCUCCAGAGGGCUAUGCACCGAUUUAUGAACUUCUGCUGCCCAACGAGCCGCUGGUAGUGGAACCCCUCUUCCACUUUGCAGGGGUGGAUGAGGGAUACAUCCACGGCUCCAAGGGACUGGAGAAAUAUGAACCACUCGUGCCUAACCCUGUCAACACUACACAUAUCACCCUGCCUGGCUUUGUGGAGUCUGUACGGGAAAAAUUGACGGAGAACCUUCACGACCUCUGGUGCAUGAAAAAGAUUGAGGCUGGUUGGAGUUACGGCAUAAAACUAGAUGAGGGAAAUAAGCUGGAGCCGCUCCUGAUCGUGUUUUCCAAGUUGCCUCACAACGAGCGGUACUCCCAAACCCACCUGACACAGGAGACUCUCAAGGCCAUUGUUUCUCUUGGCUACCAUAUUGGUGUAGCUGACAUCGAAGCAGCCAAGAAGGUCAAGAAACUCAGGCUGCCAAAGAACUACAUGAUGGCUAAUGGGUACAAACCUGCCCCUGUGGACACCUCCAAAACAUCCCUGACCAAAAAGCUGAAGGAGCUGGUGGAGCAGCUGGCAGAGAACACCCACAACAUCUGGGCACGGGACAGAGUCCGGCUCAAGUGGACCCACGGACUGGUCGAGGACAAGGAGCUGAAGAGACAUCCCUAUCUGUUGCCUUACAAUCUUCUCCCCGAGUCUGUCAAACAGAACAACAGGGAGAAAGGGUAUGAGGCAAUCCGCACCCUUCUGGCUUAUGGCUACUCCAUUGAACCACCCGUCACAUCUGACGAGCCGGCCAUCAGAGCUCUUUUGAGGGGAGCCAAUGGUUCCAAGAAGACUCGGCUAAGGACGUACCGCGGAGAGAAGACGUACGCGGUGAAGAAGGGGAAGUGGUACUUUGAGUUUGAAAUUGUGGAUACAGGCAACAUGAGGGUGGGCUGGUGCUCGCCACUCACCAGGUCUGAUGAGGAUCUUGGUUCAGACAACCUCUCAUAUGCCUUUGAUGGCUUUUAUGGGCUGAAAUGGCACGGUCAUCACGAAAGUUUCGGCCGAACAUGGAGGCCUGGUGAUGUGGUGGGAUGUCUACUGGACCUGAAUGAUAGACACAUCAGCUUCACCUACAAUGGUGAGCUGAUGGUAGACAAGAAUGGACAGGAAGUUGCUUUUAAGGACAUUGAAAUCGGAGAGGGUUACGUACCAGCAUGCAGUCUUGCAAAGGGAGAGAAGGCCAGGCUAAACCUCGGACACGAUGCCUCUACUUUCAAGUUUUUCACAGUCCAUGGGCUGAAAGAGGGCUAUGAACCGUUCUGUGUGAACAUGAAGAGGCCCAUGACUAUGUGGUACACGGUCCAUCAUCUUCCUCUGUUCAGCAACAUCAGUAAUGAUGAGAUUGAUGUCAUCAGGAUCCCUCCUGGUGCCAAAGCACCGCCCUCCCUGAAAGUAGUGCACAAGAAGAUCAGCACCAAGCAGGACGAGCCCAACUUUGUGUACAUGCGGCUCAGCCUGCCUGUCAAGAUGAGGGACAGGUUCACCAGGCCCAGAGUCAGGACUGAGGAGGAGUUUGAUCCCAUUCUUGACAAAGUUGACACUGAUUUCGAGGCUCUGGUCAAGAGCAAAGAAGGACAGUUCAGCGAAGAGAAACCCAAGUUCAAGGACGACAUGACGGAGAGGGACAGGCUGAAGAUGUUGGCAGAGAAGUCUCUGGAGAGGAUGGGGGAACUGGACUCCUCCAAGGAAAAGAAGCCCAAGAAGAAACCCCUCGACACCCUCCUGAAGAGAAAGAGACCAGCCUCUGUCAUCAUGGAGCCUGAAUCACCCGCAACACCAACGGAGCCAGAGGAGGAAGAGCCUGACUGGAGCAAAGUUACCACAUACUACUGGGCUGUCAGGAUUUUCCCACAGCAGGAUCCAAACCAGGUGUAUGUGGGCUACUGUACGACUGACUUCCACCAGUACGAGAGGGACUUCGAUCCCCUGAAGAUCAGACAGGUUACCUGCACCAUGGGUGACGAACAUGGGAAUGUCUAUGAGACAAUCACUCGUCAGAACUGUUUCAUGAUCUGUGCUGGUGACUACGCAGCAGCCAUGGGCCCAGAGGGAGCUAAGCGAGGUCUCGUCAUUGGCUGCAUGGCCAACGUGGCCACCGGAGUACUGUCCUUCUCUGCCUAUGGCAAAGAGCUGACCACCACCUUCCAGGUGGAGCCCGGGAUGAAGGUUUUCCCUGCUGUAUUCUGUGAUCCUUCUGCACAUGACAUGGUGCAGGUGGAGCUGGGCAAGAGUAAGACCUGCCUCCCCCUGUCUGCAGUCUACUUCAAGAGUGAGGCGGGUAACCCCGUGCCUCAGUGCCCGGCCAGGGUCGAGAUGCAGCUUCUCAAGCCGACAUCCUGGAAGAGGAUGCCAGCCAAGUGCCUGGACGUGCGCAGCUUCAAGGAGUCUCCGACCAAGGGCUAUCACAUGGAGUGUAUCGAGCCUGUGCAAUUUAUGGCCUGUUACAUUCCUGAAGAACACAAAUGUGUGGAUCUCCUGGAGCUGAUUGACGAUGAAAUUCUCUUGAGUUUCCAUGCUGGCACACUGAAGAUGUACAGUGCUGUAUGUGCAGAGGGGAACUACAGAGUGGCACACAUCCUGACUGAGCAUAUCGACAGGGAACAACUCAUGUACUGUAUAAGGUCAAGAUAUCUGCCAGGACUGUUGAGGAAGGGUUUCUACAACCUCAUGAUUGACAUGCAUCUGGAGUCAAGGGUCAAGUCCAGGAUGAUGACCCAGAAUGAGUACAUCGUGCCCCUGAGUGACCAGACCCGCUCCAUCACCCUGUUUGAGGACUCAGAGGCCCUGAAGCCAUUCCUGCCUGGUGUCUGUGCCUCCACCUCUAUCAGACCUCCAGUACUCAAGCCGGAGUUCAUCACAGAAAUUGGGGACCUGAAGUUUGUGGGCAGUCCUCCCUAUGACCUGAUAGAACUGAAGAAGUAUGUACUGGAGGAGCUGACAGCUGCGGUCCACGCAGGUGUGCACUGCAGGGACCCGCCUGGAGGAAGCAUGGAGAACCUCUUUGUCCCAUCUUUAAAACUUGUGGACAAGCUGUUCCUCAUAGGUAUUUUAAAUGAUGAUGAGAAGAGACUGAUUCUCAGCCUGAUCCAUCCUGGUGUGUUUGAUGAGAACUAUGCGUCAGGCACAGUUCCUGAUGGACUACUACAAAUGGGUCUGGUGGAACCAGUCAAGCUGCAGAUGUGCCAUCUGCUUCAUCACCUGUGUGACAAUGACCUUAGGCACAAGGUGGAGUCCAUUGUUGCAUUUGGAGACCAGUGGGCCUGUAAAGUACAAAAGAACCAAGCUGAGCGCUACCAUGAGGUGAUGAGUGCGCUUCACAUGUCGGUGGCUGUCACGGCAAGGAAGACCAAAGAGUUCAGGUGUUCACCACAAGAACAGAUGAAUCAUCUGGUGGAUUUCAAAGAUGAUGAGGAGAAUGAGGACUGUCCCACACCAAUGGACAUGAGAGAAGCCAUGUUCUACUUCCAUGAUGACAUGCUGACUGGCUUGGGCUUGCCUUUGGAUGAAGAGGAGGAGGAGCCACCACCUCCCUCUAUUGGUCAACGCUUUGUUAACCUGCUAAGGAAGCUGAGACUGGUGAGACCCAAGCAGGAGGAGGAAGGGGAGGAAGGAAAGGAAGAAGAACCAGCUCCAGAGAACCUGCAGCAGCUGGUGUCCCAGCUCAUGGUGAAGUGGGCCACCGAGGCUCACCUGGAGGACCCCGCCCUGGUCAGGGAGAUGUUCAGCCUACUCCACAGGCAGUACGACAGCAUCGGAGAGCUGCAACGUGCCCUGGAGAAGUCCUACACGAUCAGUGACAGGUCUGUUGACGAUGUCCGCAGACUGCUGGGGUCCAUUGUACAAAUCCGCUCCUUGCUGAAUGUGCAGAUGGGGACAGAGGAGGAGGAGCUCAUGAUCCAUGGGCUGGCAGGCCUGAUGAACAAUGUAGUGUUCUACCAGCACCCCCAUCUGCUGAGGGCACUGAACAUUCACGAGACUGUCAUGACUGUCAUGGUCAAUGUGCUGGGGAAGACUCCGGAGGGAUCGACUGAGCUGUUGUUCCCCAAGUUGGUGGAGGAAAGCUGUAGGUUCCUGUGUUACUUCUGCCGCUGCAGCAAACAGAACCAGAAGGCCAUGUUUGACCACCUGUCCUACCUGCUGGACAACAGUUCUUUCGGCUUAAGUGACCCUGCCAUGAGAGGUGCCACCCCACUGGACGUGGCCUCAGCAUCAGUGAUGGACAACCAUGAGCUUGCCCUGGCCGUGAGGGAGACCCACCUGGAGAAGGUGGUGAACUACCUGGCCCGCUCCAGCAUGCACCACAACAAGCUGCUGAGCGCCGACAUCGGCUGGGACCCCAUCGAGGCUGAGAGAUACAUAGACUUCCUCAAGCAGACUGUCUGGGUUAAAGAUGAGUGUGUGGAGGAGAACUCCAUGCUUGUAGUCCGUCAGCUGAUCCGCAGGCCUGAGUGCCUGGGUCCAGCCCUUGGGGAGGAGGGGAAAGGUCUCCUGGUCACCAUUAAGGAAGCCAUGGAGCUGUACAAGAUCCCUGAGGUCACCAUAGAUGAGGAUGAGCUCAAGAAUAGGCCUGCUCCUCAGGACAGACUACCUCCAGGAGACCGUGAGGGAGAUAUCCAGGUGGACAUGGCCUACUGCAUCAUCACCUUCUACUCUGCACUUAUCGAGCUGCUGGGGAAGUGCUCUCCUGACCAAAAUCUCAUUAUGCAGGGUAAGAGUGAGGCCCUGAGGAUCCGUGCCAUCUUGAGGAGCCUGGUGGUGAUGCCUGACCUGGAGGGUGUGCUGGCCCUGAAGUUCAGACUGCCUACAUCUCUGGAACUCAGGGCAGGUGUGGCUCAAGGAAUGGAGCAGGGUUUUACACCUAUACAUAAGGCAGGAGUAGUGGUGUUCCUGGACCGGGUGUACGGUAUCGAGACACGUGAGGUGCUGCUUAGGCUGAUCGAAGUGGCAUUCUUGCCAGAUCUCAGGUCCGCCAACAGCUUGGACACUGAUGAGAUGCACAACUGUGACAUGGCCCUGGCACUGAACAGGUACAUGUGCAACUCCGUGCUGCCCCUGCUCACCAGGAACUCCCACCUGUUUGCCAACUGUGACCACAGGGCCAACCUGAUCGACUCCCUCCUGCACCAGGCCUACAGGCUGUCUCGCUGCAGGUCUCUCACCACCGCACAGAGGGACACUGUGUCCGACUUCUUGGUAGCAGUUGCCAGGGAGCUCCGACCCAGCAUGAUGCAGAGACUACUGAGGAAACUCUCCUACGAUCUGCCUUCUCUGAAUGAAUACACUUUUGUACCACUGAGGCUGCUGACUCUUCACUUUGAGAGAUGUUCCAAGUACUACGGCACCCUUGGAGGCUGGGGAGACUACGGCUGUGCCAGUGAUGAGGAGAAAAGGCUGACUAUGAACCUGUUCUCUGGCGUUUUUGAUGCCUUGGCAAAGAGGCCUUAUGAACCGUCCUUGUUCUCCAAAACCCUGCCGUGCCUGACGGCCAUUGCCUGCGCCCUGUCGCCAGACUAUGCUCUGGUGAAGGACGAUGAGAGCUGGCAGAGAUACAGCCACACUGACAAGGAGGGGAACUAUGUGCCCGUACCAGUCAACAUUGACAAAACUAAUCUGCCAAUUGACUUCUCUGGAUUUGUCAAUAAACUUGCUGAGCAAACUCAUGACAUGUGGGCUUAUGAAAAGUACAAUGCUGCCUGGGCCUUUGGUGAAGAGCUUGAUGAAGGAGCAAAGAGACACCCCAUGUUGAAGCCUUACAGGCUCUUCAAGGAUCAUGAGAAGGAUUUCUAUCGUACACCCAUCUCAGAGGCCCUACGCUGCUGUCUGGCCUGGGGAUGGAUAGUUGAGAAGUCAAAGGAGUCCGAGCAGCAGGCUCUCUCUGCGAGAACCAGGAGGAUUCAAUCCACCAACACACAGGCUGCUGCUGAGUCUCCUCACGGCUAUAACCCCAAGCCAUAUGACAUGUCGGUGAUUGCCCUAACCAGAGAACUCACUGCAAUGUCUGACCGUUUGGCAGAGAAUUUCCACGACGUUUGGUGCGUCAGCAAGCAGAAAGAACUGGCGGGUAAAGGAGGCGGUACCCACCCCAUGUUAGCACCAUAUGACACCCUGACGGCCAAGGAGAAGGCCAAACACAGGGACAAGGCCAUGGACAUCAUCAAAUUCCUACAGAUGAAUGGCUACAGUGUCAUCAGACAAGUGAAUGAGGAGAAGGAGAAGAUGAACCUGCUGGAGAACAGGUUUGCCCACAUCCUGCUGAAGAAGCUGCUGGGGUAUGUGGACAAGGCCAGAGAGAUCAUGGCAGGCAUGAAGCCACCUAAACCUUCUACAAAGAAGGUCAGAAGACCACGUAGGGAUGUUCCACCUGAAGAAGAUAUCAACUUCUUCCUAAAGGUGGUCCUGCCCUUGAUAGAGAAGUACUUCAGCACACACAGGUCUUACUUCGUCCUUGAUCCCAAAGCCACCCCAGAGUAUGGCAAGGCUUCCCCCAUGGAGAUAGAACUAGUCACAAGGCUGUUCUGUGAGCUGUCAUCCCUCCUGAGGGAUAAGAUUGCCUACUUUGGAAAGGACGUUCAAGUUGGGGUAAGAUGCCUUCAUGCCCUGGAUCGCUGCAUUGAUGCAAGAGCCAUCAACAGCCCCAAGUGCCCUGUGGAGGUCAAGAAGGGGAUACGAGACUUCUUCAUCAACGCUGCAGGUGACCUCAGCAUCCUGGUCAACACCAUCAAGAGCCCCGAAUUUGGUAAGCCCAAAGGGAAGUCGUACGUGGGCGCACCGGAGGUGACCUACUGCAGCGCUGUCCUCAUCCCUGUCCUGACUUCACUCUUUGACCACAUAGGAGAAAACAGCUAUGGCUCAGUACAGCUCUUGGGUGAGAUCCAGCUGGCAGCAUAUCGUAUCUUCAACACUGUGUACUUCCUUGGAGCAUCAAAAUCAAUCUUCACAGAAGCAUCUCCAGGGCAGGAAGAGCUUGAAAGUGUUCUGAAGAGGAACCGCCCUGCCCUCGGUGCCUGCCUGGCUGCCUUCUCUAGUGCCUUCCCAGUGGCCUUCCUGGAACACGAGUACAACACUAUCAACAAGGACUGCAUCUUUGCAGACAACGAGCAGAUCGCCAAGCUGGGCUUACCUAGCUCUGCUCAGGAGAUCUGGCCAGACAUGCCCACCUUCCAACAACUGGUGGACCAGAUCACACAGCUGGCCAACUCGGAGUCUGCAUACGAGGAAGCUCCACACAUCAUCGAAGUCAUUCUGCCAAUGUUGUGCAGCUACCUGUCACUGUGGUGGGACCAUGGGCCCAGCAACAUGGCCAACAAGGGAGUUGCUGAGGAUAUGUUGACCACUGGUGUCAGCAACAAACAGAUGAAUGAAGUUCUGGGCAGCGUGCUGAAGCUGAUCCGUAACAACCUGGGCCUGCCUGAAGCCAGCUGGAUGAAAAGAGUUGCAAACUGCACCCAGCCAAUCAUCGGCUGUGCAGGUACAGAACUGCUGGGCAGCCACUUCCUCCCUGUACUGGAGGAGCUGAAGAAGAAGGCUCAGCAGAUAGAGUACACAGAGGAGCUGCUGAAGCUGGAGUGGAAGGCUGGGACAGACCUGUCCGAGGAAGAACUGGCCAUGCUUGAGGACUACCAGAUGUUAGCCAGGGACUUGUAUGCCUUCUACCCUCUCCUCAUAAGAUUUGUGGACCUCAACAGACAAGCAUGGCUGAAGGUCCCAUCUCCUGAGGCAAACACUCUCUUCAAACUAACAGCUGAUGUCUUCCUCAUCUGGGCCAAAUCAGCCGCCUUCCGGAGAGAAGAGCAGAAUUAUGUGGUCCAAAAUGAAAUUGACCUGAAGGCCUUCCUGGCUGGCACCAGCGGCAAGAGACCCACUGCAGGAAUGUUCAACAAAAGAAAAAGGGGAAAGGAUCUGUACUCUCACAGCACCAGCCUGGUGGUGGCUGCUCUCAAACGUCUCAUCCCAGUAGGCCUGAACGACUUUGGGGCCAGGGAGCAGGACCUUGUCCAACAAGCCAAGCUGAGAUAUCUCAUGUUGGAAGCUCCACCCGGCAGUGUGACAGACCUUCUGAAAAAGGAGGUAAAAGAUUCUGAUGUGGAGGUGAAAGACUACCUGAAAAACAACAUGGCUAUUCUAGAGAAGAGAAUGCAGUCCUCUGAUGACCCAAGCUACCAGUGGCAAAGAGAGCUGUACGCCAACCUACCACACAAACUUGGCGUCGCUGAUCUGACCAACGAUGAGAUCAUUGACAAGGUGCAGGAGGUUGCGCAGGUCAUAUACAAACUACACAAGUUUGAGCAUCCCGAGGGCACAGGUCGCACCAUCUGGAACAAGUUGGUGUCCACCCAGAGAAAGAGGGCCGUCAUGAGCUGCUUCCGGAUGGCCCCUAUGCACAGACUCCCCGAACAUCAGGCAAUCAACCUCUUCUUACACUCAUACAUGGACAAGUGGCUGGGCAGUGAGGAGGCAGCUACAGCAAACAUCAUAGAAGAACUCACAAAGGAGAUUGAUGAAGCGGAGGGUGAAGGAGGGGAGGAUGAAGCACCCAAACCUGACCCUCUCCACCAGCUCAUCAGCUGCUUCAACAGGGCAGCCGCUGAACAACAAGAGGCACUGGAUGAAGACUUCCUCUACAUGUGCUAUGCUGACAUCAUGGGCAAGAGUUGUAGUGGAGAAGAAGAGGGAGAAGAAGAGGAAGGUGGAGAGGAAGAGGAGGGUGAAGGCCCUACAUUUGAGGAACAAGAAAUGGCCAGUAGACAGUUGCUGAAUGAACAGUGCAGACUUUCAGAGCGGGGAGCAGCAGAAAUGGUCCUACUUACCAUUAGUGCCAGCAAAGGUGAAUGCAGUCCUAUGAUGGUAAAGACUCUUGAACUUGGAAUCUCCCUGUUGUCAGGAGGCAAUGAAGAUGUUCAGAAGGUAAUGCCCAUUGACAUCAAAAAUGUACAACAUCUGCAAGAGAAGAAAGACGUUGGCUUCUUCCAGAGUAUAGCAGGACUAAUGUCCAAGUGCAAUGUUCUCGACCUGGACACCUUUGAAAGAUGCAACAAAGCUGAGGGACUAGGGGUCGGGGAAGUAGGGCUCAGUUCUGGACAACGUGCUCUCCAUGACGCACCCUUCACCUGCUCCCUGUUCCGCUUCCUCCAGCUGCUUUGUGAGGGCCACAAUCUGGAUUGGCAAAACUACUUGAGAGCCCAGAUUGGCCACAAUGCCACCAUCAACCUCAUCAUCAGCACUGUGGACUACCUGCUCAGACUACAGGAGUCCAUGAGCGACUUUUACUGGCACUAUGCAAGCAAGGACCUCAUCGAUGAAGCAGGUCAAGAAUAUUUCAAGAUUGCCAUCAGGAUAGCAAGACAAGUAUUCAACUCCCUAACAGAGUUCAUCCAGGGCCCGUGCCAAGGCAACCAGGAGACCCUCGCCCACAGCAGGCUGUGGGAUGCCAUCACAGGGUUCCUCUACAUCUUUGCUCAUCUACAAAAGAAACUGGCACAGGAUUCCAGUCAGGUGAACCUACUGAAGGCUCUGUUGUCGCUACAUUCUGACAUGGUCACCAUGCUCCUGUCCUUGUUGGAAGGAAAUGUUGUUAAUGGAAACAUCGGAAAGCAGAUGGUAGACAUGUUGGUGGAGUCAUCACAAAAUGUAGAGAUGAUUCUUCAGUUCUUUGACAUGUUCCUGAAGUUGGAGCAGGUCACCGAAUCUGAUGCAUUCAAGGCCAUCUUGGAAAAAAAUGCACAAGAGAGAGGAGAUGAAAUGGCUGACAACUCGUGGAUCUCACCCAAGGACUUCAGAAAAGCCAUGGAAAGCCAGAAGAUCUACGAAGAAGAAGAGAUCGACUUCCUCCUAUCCUGUACUGAGAGCAAUGCUGAGGGACUCAUUGACUACGUGUCCUUCAUUGACAUGUUCCAUGACCCUGCCAGGGAAAUUGGCUUCAAUGUUACAGUUUUGCUGACCAACCUGUCUGAACACAUGCCCAAUGACAACAGACUAAGCAAGUUCUUGGACCUGUCCGAGAAUAUGAGGAACUACUUUGAGGAGAACUUGGGACGUAUUGAAAUUCUAGGUGGAGCUGAGCGUGUGGAAAGGGUGUACUUUGAGGUCAAAGAAGAAUUCAUUGAGCAGUGGGAGAAACCUCAGAUCAAGGACUCCAAGCGAAACUUCAUCUUCAAUGUACUAACGGGAGAUGAUGACAAAGAGAAACUGGAUGCCUUUAUCAACUUCUGUGAGGACACAAUCUUUGAGAUGCAACAUGCCACAAACAUCAGUAAGGCAGAGGGCGUCGGCCUGGGUGCUCUGAUUGGUGGAGGGGAGGAAGAGGAGGAGGAGCCAUCAAACCUUUCUCCCAACAAACCCAUCGGUGAGAUGAAGAAGAUGCUGGGCAGUCUCAUGGACUUCUUCAUGCCAGGAACCAUCAAGAAGAACGUACUGAAGGCAGCAACCAUGUCCCCAGUCGAGAUGACCAAAGGUUCCUUUUUCUUCCUGCUUUCAUUCAUCACUGGAUGUCUGCUGUUUGGACUCUCAGCUAUCAAGUUUGCCUUCCUGCUCGUGUUCCAAAUUGUGUUCAACAAUGUGAUCAUGCGGUCGUUAAGAAAGAAGAUAUUCCCUGAGAAGAAAGAAGAGGAAGAAGCGGCAGACACUGGUGAAAAACCAGUGGCAUCCAGAACCAUAUAUCGAGAGAUCCCCGACUACCUCAAGGAACAAGAACGAAACACAAGAAUAGCCUCGGUGUUCGGUAUGGAGAUCAUCCGAGGAGACGAGGAGGGGGAGAUGAAGAUGAAGAUGGUUCACAUUGCCAAGGCUGCACAGGCGGCUGAAACAGAUGACGAGGAUGAAGAGCAUGAAGAGGAGACGGAAGAAGAGGAAACAGCUGAGAAAGAGACUCCUGCAGAUAAGGGAGCAGAAGCAGCUGAAGGCGAUGCUGAGGAAGAGGCGAUUGAAGACGAGGUGUUUGAAGAAACAUCUGAGGAGGAGCAGCCCAAGAAGAAGCGCAGGAAGAAGGUGGAGGAGGAGGAGAAGCCUCCGGAGAACAAGUUGUCUGUGCUGGUGGAGCAGAUCAUGAGUGUGUUCGCUCGUAACUUCUACAACAUGAAACACUUGGCUCUCAUGGUCACCUUCUGUGUCAACUUCAUCCUGCUCUUCUAUAAGAUCUCCAGCCUUGAUGAUGAGAAUGGCGAUGAGAACGGCGAUGGUGACGAUAACGGGGACUUUGAGAACGGAGAUGAGGAGGAUGAAGACCUUGAGUCAGUCAUCAUAGAGGAAGGGUUAGAGUUCCUGGAACCUGUGUUACAACUGCUGAGUAUCAUACACACCAUGGUCGCUAUCUCCAUCGUCAUCUCCUAUUACCACCUCAAGAUUCCUCUUGUGAUCUUCAAGAGAGAGAAGGAAGUUGCCCGUGACCUGGAGUUUGAAGGCAAGUGGAUUGUGGAGCAGCCCUCCGAGGAUGACUUCAAGGGACAAUGGGACAGACUAGUCUUACCAACAUCGUCGUUCCCCAACUUCUACUUUGACAAGUUUGUCAAGAGAAGGACCAGAGAGAAGUACUCAGAGACCCAUGACUUUGAAAGGAUGACAGCACUGCUUGGCAUGGAAGAAACAAGCGGGGAAACUACGGAAAACCCAUCAUCUGUCUUCGCUUUGUUGAGAAAUGUGGACUGGAGGUACCAGCUGUGGAAGAUGGGUGUGACACUGACUGACCAGGACUUCCUGUACCAGCUGGGCUUCCUGCUCUUCUCCAGCCUGGGCCACGUCAACUACUUCUUCUUCGCUGCUCACCUGGUGGAUGUCAUCAUGGGCUACAAGACUCUCCGGGUUAUCCUGCAGGCUAUCACCCACAACGGCAAGCAGCUGUUGCUGACCUGUGGCAUGAUGGCCAUCGUGUGUUACCUGUACACCGUGCUGGCCUUCAACUUCUUCCGCAAGUUCUACGACAAGGGAGAGGAGGACGAGCCAGACCUGAAGUGUGAAAGCAUGUGGACGUGCUUCAUGUUCCACAUGUAUGUGGGUGUCCGAGCCGGUGGUGGCAUAGGUGACGAGUUGGUGGAGCCAGACGGGGAUGAGUACGAGUACUACCGUAUGAUCUUUGACUUCACCUUCUUCUUCCUGAUUGUCAUCAUCCUGCUGGCCAUCGUUCAGGGCUUCAUCAUUGAUGCCUUUGGUGAGCUGAGAGACCAGGCCAACUCAGUGGAGGAGACAUUAGAGAGUAAAUGUUUCAUCUGCGGUAUAGAUGCGGAGUAUUUCAACGAGUUACCUAGAGGGUUCGAGAUACACACAGAAAAGGAGCACAACUUUGCAAAUUAUAUGUUCUUCUUAAUGCACUUGAUACAAAAAGACUCCACGGAUUAUACAGGACAGGAGUCCUACGUGUGGCAGAUGUAUCAGGAGAGGAACUGGGACUUCUUCCCGGUGGGAGAGUGCUUCCGCAAGCAGUACGAGAAUGAGCUGAAGGAAUAGAAGAAGAAGAUCCAGAAUCACCAGGACUGCAGCAGUAGGUAGGGGUGUGGGGCAGUCAUCACAGACUACAAGUCAUCUAUGUGGCGUCUUCAAUCCAAGAGUAGUGGAGCUGGGUUGUUAAGUUAGUAAGGCAGCCGUAGUAGUUGCCCCAUACCCCUAUACUUCACAAAGCAGGAUGUCAUUCGGAGGAGGAUAGCUGCAGUAACAUGUACAGCUGUAAAGGAACAUAUACUUUCAUGCUCAUGUGAUAAGUGAAAGAGACAUGACAGCUAGAAACAGCUGGCAAGAAUCAGAAUCUGUCUAGUUCUUACCACAAGAACGCAAACUUUAAGGCCAAUAUCAAGCAAUGAGUACACUGACAGAUACAUGUAUGUACCAACCUGUACUGUACUCAAAGGUCAAGUAGAAAACUGAAAUGUGGUAUGAAUUUGUGAAACUUGACUCUGAGAGAAAGUAAGUUGGAGUGACAACUUUUAACAAACAAAAAAAAGUAAUAAACAUUGAAAAAUAUAAGGCCUUUAUUUUGUAGACUUGUCAUUAGAAAUAUGCCGAAACAACAUAACUGGCAAUGGCUGCCAAAAUAGGCUAUAGUAGUAGUAGUAGAUGUUGCUAUCUCGGAAAUUAUCAUAAAGAUUUUGAAUACUGUACAAGAUUUAUUUAUUUGCAUGAAUGUUUGUUACUUUGAUUGUUGCAGGAAGUUAUAGAUGAAAUAUAGACAACUGCAUCAUUAGUUCCAUCUGAUGUUAGGACAAUAGGACUGUAAAGGUUUUGUAAUUAAACUUAAUAUUGUAUCAUCAAAUGAACCAAAAUGUACAUGACUUAAGUUUGUACCCAUCUAGCAUUGUAGUUUUAUCAUGCAUAAAUGUACUAGUUACUUUAGCAAUAGACAUCUCACUACCUGAAAGAAUCAUAGCUUGUUUUGUAACUGUAGAAGAGAAAUAGCGUUUUAUUCGUAGCUCCUCAUGUAAAUUUUGAAUGCUUGUGUGUCUCCUAAAUGAUUUCCUAUAGUCGUGGACUUUGUUGUUUGUUGCUAUGAAUUUUAUCCAUUCAGUGUACUACAUGUCACAGAAGUCUAUCAGCUGUGCAAAAAUGUUCUUAAAUGGUAAUGACGUGUAGAUAGAGCAGAUAGGGCUAACAAUUCCCAUAAUGCUGCUGUUGAAGACUCUGAUGCCUUCUUUGAAGAGCGGUUGUGUUGCAAGGAAAGCCAAAUUUUUAGAUAUGCAAAGGAAUAUGGUUAGGUAGAUAUUUCAUAUUUGCACCAGUCACUGCUUGAUGUUUAUUUUGUACCAGAUCUGAGAUUCUGCUGGGAUGAUGCGAUGACUAGAGAAGGUAACCCUGCAGUAUACAUCUCAUCAUCCCAACAGCAUGACUUGAAUGUGAGCUGCAACUUGGAAUGAAACAUUCAAUAGACAAGUGUGUUCUGACGUGUGCUGUACCUGGUAACAAAUAAAUGGUUUCAUUGUUAACCAGAAAGAG